AAGUAGCUCCUUUUCGUUUUUCAAAUCACACCAAUCUUCUUCUUCUAUUCUUCAUCAACAACAGCUAACAGCUUUACAAGAUACUCUCCCAGUCUCUACAACCAUGUUGGUUUCCACACUGGACUUGCUCACUCAGGCUGCUUCGAAUUCUUUCUACGUUUUCUGCUUCUGCAAUUUGAUCAUAGUCAUGGUCGUCGUGGGCUCCAAACCCGGGUCUUACUUUGAUCAGGAAAGUGAACUUCCUCACUCGAAGGUCACCUACACAAUUACAAAUGGUAAACAAGUUGAUCGUGAUGCUAAGUGUGAGCAGAAGGUUACGACCAGUUCAUCAUUUGUUGUGAGAAAUGAAGUUUCAAAUGCCAAGAACGAACUAGCAAUCCGUGACGAAGCUGGACUUGAUGAUCAGAUUGUUGACAGUAAGGAGUGUGAUAAUGAUGAUGAGCUGAGAAGAAGAGCUGAAGAAUUCAUCGAAAAAGUUAACAGGGGAUGGAGAGCAGAAUUGCUGAGAACGUCACAUUUGAUCAAUGCCUAAAAAGGCCUGCACUUCAGACUUGUAGCAACUUGGUUUUGAUGAUGUAGCUGAAAAUUUUGUAAUUAUAACUCUGAUGUGUUUGCUAUGUCUCUAUCUACUUAAAUAAAAUUCUAAUUCAAUCCUCA